GGUGCCGGGAGGAGCUGAAGCCCGAGCCAGAGUUGCUGCGAGCGAGCGCGGAGCCCAGCCACCCGGCACCAAGUGGAACUGGGCCAGCUAGGACACGGGGGACAAGCACAGGGGCUGGGGGUCUGUCCCGGACCCACCAUGAACGCCAAGAAGAGAGGGAGCCCAGCGCGGACUCAUUCCAUGAUGUCCCUGUCGGUGCGGCCGCAACGCCGCCUGCUCAGCGCUCGGGUCAGUAGGAGCCAGUCCUUCGCAGGUGUCCUCGGCAGCCAGGAGCGGGGACCCAGGAGCUUCCCGGCCUUCAGCCCUCCGGGCCCCCCACGGAAGACCCCAGGGCUCUCCCGAGUGUCCAGGAUGUUUUCCGUGGCGCACCCAGCCCCCAAGGUCCCGCAGCCUGAGCGGCUGGACCUGGUGUAUGCUGCGCUCAAGCAGGGCCUGACGGCCUAUUUGGAAGUACACCAGCAGGAGCAGGAGAAACUCCAGGGGCAGAUCAGGGAGUCCAAGAGAAAUUCUCGCCUAGGCUUCCUGUAUGACUUGGAUAAGCAAGUCAAGUCCAUUGAACGCUUCCUACGACGGCUAGAGUUCCAUGCCAGCAAGAUCGAUGAGCUGUAUGAAGCAUACUGUGUCCAGCGGCGUCUCCGGGAUGGUGCCUACAACAUGGUUCGUGCCUACAGCACUGGGUCCCCAGGGAGCCGCGAGGCCCGAGACAGCCUGGCUGAGGCCACUCGGGGGCAUCGCGAGUACACUGAGAGCAUGUGUCUGCUGGAGAGUGACCUGGAGGGACAGCUGGGAGAGUUCCAUCUCCGGAUGAAAGGGUUGGCCGGCUUUGCCAGGCUGUGUGUAGGUGAUCAGUAUGAGAUCUGCAUGAAAUAUGGACGUCAGCGCUGGAAACUACGGGGCCGCAUUGAAGGUAGCGGAAAGCAGGUGUGGGACAAUGAAGAAACCGUCUUUCUUCCUCUGCUCACAGAAUUCCUGUCCAUCAAGGUAACAGAACUGAAGGGCCUGGCCAACCAUGUGGUUGUAGGCAGUGUCUCCUGUGAGACCAAGGACCUGUUCGCUGCCCUGCCCCAGGUUGUGGCUGUGGACAUCAAUGACCUCGGCACCAUCAAGCUCAGCCUGGAAGUCACAUGGAGCCCCUUCGAUAAGGAUGACCAGCUCUCAGCUGCCUCUACUGUGAACAAGGCCUCCACAGUCACCAAACGCUUCUCCACCUAUAGCCAGAGCCCACCAGACACUCCCUCACUUCGGGAGCAGGCCUUCUAUAAUAUGCUGAGGCGGCAGGAAGAGCUGGAGAAUGGGACAGCAUGGUCCUUGUCAUCUGAAUCUUCGGAUGACUCAUCCAGCCCACAGCUCUCGGGCACUGCCCGCCACUCAGCCCCCAGACCCCUGGUGCAGCAGCCAGAGCCUCUGCCCAUCCAAGUCGCCUUCCGUAGGCCUGAGACCCCCACCUGUGGGCCCAUGGAUGAGGAGGGAGCCACGGCCCCAGCCCUGGCCAAUGGGCAUGCCCCUUACAGCCGGACUCUGAGCCACAUCAGUGAGGCCAGUGUGGAUGCUGCCUUGGCUGAGGCUUCAGUGGAGGCUGUGGGCCUAGAAAGCCUCACUGGGGGACCUAGCCUGCCUGCACACCCAGAGCUCACCCAUGGGAAACAACCUAUCCCUCCUGCCCUGGACCCUUGCCAUUCUGCUACAAGCCCUACCCUCAGUACAAGCCUUGCCUACACAUCUACAGACCUAUACUCAGUUCAUAAGGCCACAGAUUCUAGCUCUUUUGAUGUGCCAGGCCCCACCCACACCACUACAAACUCCACCUAUUGUGCCAUAGGCCCCAUCCACAGUGUUACAAGCCUCACUUCCACUUCCACAGGUUCAGCCCACCAGCCCCUACUCACUACCCUCACCACUACAGGCCCUACCCGAAGUGCCCCAGUGCCAGCCCAGCCCACAAGUCCCACCUAUGAGCCAGUACUUCCUGCCCUCACUACUGUAGGUCCUACACCCAAUACUCCAUGCCCAGUCCAGACCACUGCAAGCCCCAGCCUUGCUGUCACAAACCUGACACCCACUGUCACAAGCUCCUGCAGCAAGCCCAAGCUCUCCACCCUCACUACUCCAGGCCCUACCUCCAGUGCCACCGCCACAGCCCCAACCACCACAAACACCACCCACAGGACUGCAAGCCCCACCCACACCACUACAAGCCCUGCUUGCAAAACCAGGAUGUCAACUCACACCACUACAAAUCCUGCCCCUAGUGCUGAGGGCUUAGUCCAGACCAUCAGGAGCCCCACCCAUACAACUGUAAGUUCUACUUCUCUAGACCUGGCCAUGCUCCCCAGCCCCUCUGCAAACAUGCACCCUACCCUCCCAGACACGGACUCCCUGCCCGGUUGCUACCCAGCCUCCACUCCCUGUACUCUGGCAGACCCCGUAGCCCCCAGGACAUACCCAAGUCCAGCCUGUUCCAAUUGGGAACCCCUCACAAACCCUUCUCCAGACCCUCCAAGACCCAUCCUUCCAAGCCCAAGCCCCUCCCCCUCCCCCCUAGCCCCAGUGCCCCAGCGUUCAGACCUUAGCCUGGCCACAGCCACCCAGGCUCCAGUUCCAGGAGCAGCUGGAGGGGCUGGGGACAAGAGGCUGGAAGAGGCACUGGGGGCCUUAAUGGCUGCCCUGGAUGACUAUCGUGGCCAGUUCCCCGAGCUGCAGAGCCUGGAGCAAGAGGUGACUCGGCUGGAGAGUCUGCUCAUGCAGAGACAAGGCCUGACUCGCAGCCGGGCCUCCAGUCUUAGCAUCACUGUGGAACAUGCCCUGGAGAGCUUCAGCUUCCUCAAUGAGGAUGAAGAUGAAGACAAUGAUGGCCCUGGAGACAGGCCCCCAAGCAGCCCCGAGCCUGGGGCUGAGGACAGCUUCAACUCACCCACUGCCCACCCCCUCAGCACGGAGUGUCCAGCUCUGGAUGCUGCCCUGGUCCAGCACCUGUACCACUGCAGCCGCCUCCUGCUGAAAUUGGGCACAUUUGGGCCCCUGCGCUGCCAGGAAGCAUGGGCCCUGGAGCGGCUGCUGCAGGAGGCCCGAGUGCUCGAGGCAGUAUGUGAGCUUAGCAGGCGAUGGGAAAUCCCUGCCACCUCCGCCCAGGAAGUGGUACAGUUCUCAGCCUCUCGGCCAGGCUUCCUGACCUUCUGGGACCAGUGCACAGAGGGACUCAGCCCCUUCAUCUGCCCUGUGGAGCAGGUGCUCCUCACCUUCUGCAGUCAGUACGGUGCCCGUCUCUCCCUGCGCCAGCCAGGCUUAGCCAGGGCUGUAUGUAUCAAGUUCCUGGAGGACGCCCUGGGGCAGAAGCUGCCCAGGAGGCCCCAGCCAAGCCCUGGAGAGCAGCUCACUGUCUUCCAGUUCUGGAGUUACGUUGAAGCCUUGGACAGCCCCUCCAUGGAGGCCUAUGUGACAGAGACCGCUGAGGAGGUGUUAUUAGUGCGAAAUCUAAACUCGGAUGACCAAGCCAUUGUGCUCAAGGCCCUGAGGUUGGCGCCUGAGGGGCGACUACGAAGGGAUGGACUUCGGGCCCUCAGCUCUCUGCUUGUCCAUGGCAACAACAAGGUCAUGGCUGCUGUCAGCACUCAGCUCCGGAGCCUGUCGCUGGGUCCUGCUUUCCGGGAAAGAGCCCUGCUGUGCUUCCUGGACCAACUGGAGGAUGAGGAUGUGCAGAUGAGAGUAGCUGGCUGCCUAGCCCUGGGCUGCAUCAAGGCUCCUGAGGGCAUUGAGCCCCUAGUGUACCUGUGCCAAACGGACACAGAAGCUGUAAGAGAAGCUGCUCGGCAGAGUCUACAACAGUGUGGGGAAGAGGGACAGUCUGCCCAUCGACGACUAGAGGAGUCACUGGAUGCCCUGCCCCGCAUCUUUGGGCCUGGCAGCAUGGCCAGCACGGCAUUCUAAGCUCCCCACCCACCAGCGCCCAGUGCCCUUUCUCUCCACUUUCAGGGCUCAUCAGGCACUGGCAGGGAGGGUGAGGGCUGACUCCAGACACCCCUCCCCGACAGAUUCCUAUCAGUGAAAAUCUAAUAUAUUCUGUUGCCCUUGGGGUUGGUAGAGUCAGUGCCUGCAGUCAAGUGCCUCCCAGCUUCGGCUCAGCACACUUGCCAUAGAUCAGUGUCCCGGGCCUGGCCAUCCUGCCUCUGCCCCUCCAUGUCCCUUGGUUUUAUAUUUUAUUUACAGAGUUUUACAGAAAAUAAAAAAAACAAAAUACCUUUCCUA